AUGGACAUGAAUGAUACCGCAGAUUUCAAAAUGUCACCAUAUUUCCAUCUGGAAGCUGGUUGCGAGGAUGAUUACAUGUCCAAAAAGUCUGGUGGCCAAUUUAGCAAUGCUUCAUCAUUAGCUAACACCCAUGGUACCCCCUACUUUGCGGAAGAUAUGAAUGUGCAUAGCAAUAACAACAAUCAAGAUGCCGCGCUCCUGACGGGUCAUUUUCAAAAAACCGACUUGAAGAAACCAACUGAUAUCUCGCUCAUACUGGGAGAUCAACAUUCGUUGGGUUAUUCCACUUUGAACUCGGUACACUCGAAUUUUCAUCAUCAUCAUCAUCAUCAAAAUCAGGUUGCGGGUUCAGCAACCAUGGUCCCAAUGGACACUGGGACGACAUCGCCAAAAGACGAAUUGAAGCAACGGAUACUAGACAAGGUACAACGAGACUACUAUGUGACAUGGGCAGUUGAAGACAAGUACACGAGUGCCUACAUUAGCCCAUUUACUCGUGAGAUUUUUCUUUCAGGAGACCUCAUCGAUUAUCAAGGUUCCAUCAGUCAGGAUAACCUGGUCUGGUACCAAAGCAAGGAAGUCGCACAAGAUGCGGCCGUUGCUAGAGCAUUAGACUGUUUUGACCUGCGAGAACGAUCCCGACGAUCGUAUGGAUUGAGAGUGAAGGAAGCUCCAUAUGAAAUGGACUGUGGUCCACCCUUGCCUGCCUUGGUGCCUGCACAAGCCCUACGCUUCGGACUGGUUCACAACAAGCCCUACAAUGUAAAUGCAUUGUCACCUGGCUCUUCGACGGAUCUAUCGUCCAAGAGUUCCGACAAUCAUCAUCAUAAUCAUCAAGAUACCAAACGAACAAUAAUAGCAGCAAACUCCAAAAUGAACAAGAAUCCCAUUUCGACUCUGGCGGAAUGUUAUCAGAACGGUGACUUUUUUGGACAACAACAUAGAGGCACAACUCUCACCAAGGCAAACUUUGUGACAUGGUCCGAUGGGCUAGACCACGUCCCCAGAUUUACAGGUGCCUUUGUCUGUCCCAUUUACGGUGAGAUUUUUCUUUCUGGCAAUUGGACCCAUCACGAAGACGACUGCCACGAAACCAAUGACGGACUGGUGUGGUACUCGUCCAAGAAGAAAGCCGAGGGAGCAGCUGCUGCUGUGGCACACGAUUGCUAUUCCCUUCGCUACCAACUGUCAACGGACACGGCGAUUGACGAAGUGCGAUUCUGCAUUGAAGAUCCAUAUGAAAAAAGUCCAAGAUCGGAGACUGACAUUGCUCGAUUGGUUCCUCCCGAGUAUUGGAUUGACAUUCAAAAGCUACAAGAGUCGUCUCGUUCUGGAUAUACGGUAGUUCUGUAG